AUGUUCCAAAUAACGAGCAGUCAGUCGCCCGUGCCUUCCGCCAUCCUCGCAGGCAUCGCGCUGCUUGUCAUCUCUGUCGGCGUUCUCCUGAUCCAGAGACACUACCUACCUUUGCGGACGACGCCAGCCUACCUCCUCGUCCCCGUUUUCUUUGCCUUGUGGCUGCCCGCGAGCAUCGUGCUACUAGUUCCUAUCGAUCUCGCGACGAACGCUAGUCCAGACGAUGAGAAGAUCAAGGGCAUCUGGCUGCCGGACCGGGCGCUGCUUGUGUCGUGGAGGAUAUCGUAUUGGCUAACCUUUGUCCUGACAUGGCUCAUACUCCCCAUACUUGCCGAAUAUUCCGACGCCGGAUAUCGAGAACCCAAAGAUCGAAUCCUCUACUCCCUGCGCCAGAAUGCCCAGUACUACGCACUUGUACUUGGAUCCGGGGUCCUUGGGCUGAUAUACUUCUUCAUAUCUUACGGCCCGUCCUUUACAUCGCUCAGGGGUCUAAUAAUGGCUCUGGCCUACUGCUGGGGUCUGAUACUCGCCAUCUAUCUCAUGGGUCACGGUUUGGUCGCGAUCCCACGCAAUCUGAUCAAGAACGCAAGCGCCAGUGGCCGGCUCCGGCGGCUUCAGUCGAGAGCGCCGAAUCAAUACGAAAAGAUGGAAGAUGCUAUUACAAGCCUCGAAGAAUUGGAAGUCCAGGUAUCGGAACUGAGCAAGCGCAAGACAGGCAGUGCCAGGGACUUCCGGGACUGGAUCGAGGAGCUUUCCGAUUCGUGCGGCAUUCCCGAGUCUCGACCGCAAAAUGCUAUUCCUCGCCCUGACAGCGACAGUCGCAUCAUCCCAACAGUCAUCACGGAGAAGUACUUGGCAGACCUUACGCGCCAUCUAGACCACGCGCGGCACGCCAAGUCGAGAUAUGUGGACGAGUGGAAUCACUUACUGCGCGAUGCUUCGGAGACCCAGAUGAUUCUCGACUCGUCUGCUUCGAAAAGGCUCGACUUUGGCGCAUCUUCCCCGAAUUCCUCAGCCUUGGAGAAGUUCACUUUAUUUACACCAUAUACCCAAUAUCUCUUUUACCGCCAAUUCAUCCCCUACUUCCGCAUCUUCUUAGGCGGAUUCCUGGCGCUGGCGUCAGUUUGUAUAAUAUGGUCCGAGCUGGUUAAAGCAGCUCUGCCCUUCUUGUCCGUCAUUCGCUUCACAGUUGUCCACCAUUGGACAGGAGACAGUGGCCAGAUUGGAUUCCCAGGCCAGAUGGUUGCAGCGUUUUGGAUAUUAUACAUGUCUACAGCUGCACUGCACACAGUGACCGAAGUGAAGGUCUGGCGAGGCCGCGCCUUGGUGCGACGCAAUACGGCUCACGAAUCAGCGUUUUGGUAUGGCUCUCAGGUCGCAAAGCUAAGUGUGCCCCUAUCUUACAACUUCGUGACCUUCCUGUCCCCGAAGAUCUACGAGAAGACAACGUUCUACUACAUCCUUGGACAAUACGUCAAUCUCACGCCGCUUGGAAAAUGGUUCGAUUACCUGUUUCCGAUUCUCGUCUUGUUGCCUGUUUUGGCGACGCUAUUUGGACUUUAUGGUAGAGUCAGGCGAUUCUUCGGAUUUGGUGUCGAUAUUGUCGAAGACGACGAGGAGAGCCAACCCGCCUAUGGUACUGGAUCUUGGCGCGAAGGCCGGGAUCUGAUAGAACGGGAGCUGAACGGGACGUCGAUCUCAAGGCGCCUCGACGAGGCGGCCUCACGAGCGGGACCUGGCCGAGCAGCGCCCAUUCUGACCGUGCCAGCAACCCGGAGCGAGGGCGCCCAGACGCCCUUCGCCACGUCACCAUCAUAUCACGACCAGCCCAGCAGCAGAAGAGCAGCGAAUGCGCGCUCGACGGUGCCCGACUCAUCGUCGGAGGGAGAGGACGACAACUUCUUCACAAACCUGGGCCACCGGUUCAAAAAUACGAUCGAUACGAUCGACACGCCCAAAUGGAUACAGGAGAUUGGCGAUGGCAUCAAGAAGCCCAAGUGGAUGGGCGGUGACGAUAACGAACAGGCUGGUGGGAGCAGCAGUGGCGGCGGCAAUAGAACGGAACGCAGCGACUCGGAUAUACGCAGGUGGUUUGGCGACGGGAGGAUAAGGUUAUAG